AUGGAGGUACAUCAUCAAGCCGAAGAAGCUGGAGCCAUUCAGUUCGACAAUUUCUUUGAUCAAAAACCUGAUGCAGUGGGGAAACUUGGGUUCUCACCACAAUGGAGAAGCUCAGAUUGAGCAUUUUGUUUCACCAGUGGAAUGGCUGCUGUUGCUCAUCAUGUAGGAACAGGUGAGGAGAUUGUUGCUGGAGAUGACAUUUAUGGAGGUUCCGAUUCGUUACUAUCACAAAUAAUCCCAAAGACUGGAGUUGUGGUGAAAUGAGUGAACACAAGUAAUUUAGAUGAGGUUUCAUCUGCUAUUGGCCCCUCGACGAAGCUUGUGUGGCUGGAGAGUCCUACCAAUCCUCGACAAAUCAUUUCUGAUAUUCGUAAAAUAGCAGAGAUGGCUCCUGCACAUGGUGCUAUUGUGUUAGUGGAUAACAGUAUAAUGUCUCCCGUAUUGUCACAGCCACUGGAUCUAGGAGCAAACAUUGUUAUGCACUCGGCCACAAAGUUUAUUGCUGGACACAGUGAUGCCAUGGCAGGUGUUUUAGCUGUUAAAGGCUAUAGCUUGGCGAAACAGUUAUAUUUCCUACGAAGUGCAGAAGGCUCUGGGUUAGCUCCAUUUGACUGUUGGAUCUGUUUACGAGGAAUGAAGACAAUGGCAUUGCAUGUUGAGAAGCAACAGACUGCGUCUGCAGGGAGUGUGAAGUCCCUUAUAAGCCUGCCCUGCUUCACGUCUCAUGCAAGCAUACCAUCCGCAGUGCGUGAGGCCAGAGGUCUAUCAGAGGACCUUAUUCGUAUUUCUGUGGGGAUCGAGGACGCAAAUGGUCUGACUGCUGACUAG